AUGGAGCGUCGGCGUGAUGAGGAUGGCAAAACAAGUUGGGACGUCUAUUGCACGCUUCAUGAUCCGGCACUUGCAAGAGAACGUGAACAAGCAAAGCAAAAACGAAUUGAGCAAUUUGCACAGCGAUUAUCUAUUGGCUGUCAGGUCAUGGUGCGAUAUCGCCAAGGUGGCCAAUAUCCAGGCAAGGUUACAUCGAUAGAUCCUAUCAAAAAAUCAGCCCAGAUCCUAUUUGAAGAUGAUACUCAAAGCAAGAUCCCAUGGCGAGACAUUUUCAUUUCCUAA